AUGAACACGAAAAUCCUUAUUGGUCUCGUCGUUGUGUGCGCCUUUGUCGCCUAUUCGGAAGCCUCUGUGGGUCAGCAGCUGGCCAAAGUUGGCGAGAGAGUUGAGAUCGAGAUCGCCAAAGGAGCAAAGGCUCUCGCGAGAACCACCAAGGCUGGAAAGCAGAUCUUCAACUUUAGCGGACCAAAUGCCGGAGUUUUCGUCGAUGAGAAGGGAAAAAAGAUCGACUCUUCCAACUACGAGCUUAAGAAGGAUGUCUUGAUUAUCAAGAAGGCCACUGCAGCAGACAGCGGAGCUUACGAGAAGGAGCCCAACCCACCAGUCGGGCACACCCCAGGAGCCGUCCUCCAGCUCACCGUUCAAUAA